UGAAAAAAAAAUACACACACCACAUUUUUUACGGGUGUCGAAAUUGUGUUGCCAAAAAACCCUUUAUUUUUGUUUUCCCCAUCCUUCUUUUUUCUUCAUUUUCUCCCCUACUCUCUAUCUCUCUCUUUCCCUUGCACGUUUAUAUUUUAUAUAUGCAUAAAUGGCUCAACCGUUACACAAUCCCCUUUCUUUUCUAAAGAGCGCUAAUCUUUCCAGCUCUUCCUUGGAGCGAACACCAAGCUCUCGUUCACGAUCUGGAAGUUUCCUUCGAGCCAUCUCACUGCAUCCUUCUGUCAGUCCAAACGGAGGUCAACAGUCGCCUACUACGCCUUUAUCUCGAACAAACACGAACAAUUCCCUCUCGCGAGUUCCUCCAUGGCUCGAAGACGGCGCAGAUUCAGCAUUUUCUUGUAACCCAGACGACUUUGAGAUAAAAAAUCCAAUAGGCUAUGGCUCUUCGGCUGUCGUCUACAAUGCUAUCUAUAAGCCAAAGGGUAUGAGAAUUGCAAUCAAAAUGAUUGAUCUCGAUUUAUUCGAAAGAAAUCAAAUUGAUGAGUUGAGGCGCGAAACAGCUUUAAUGGCUUUAUCAAAACACCCCAACGUAUUAAAGGUUUAUGGGUCGUUUGUAAAUGGCUCAAAAUUAUAUAUCGCCACACCCUAUUUAUCAGGAGGAUCAUGCCUGGAUAUAAUGAAGUGUGGGUUUAAAGAUGGAUUUGAAGAGACAAUUAUUGCGACGAUAUUAAAGCAAACGUUAGAGGGGCUCGUCUAUCUCCAUAAAAACAACCAUAUCCAUCGAGAUGUAAAGGCUGGUAAUCUAUUAAUGGAUGAUGGAGGUACUGUUCUAUUAGCGGAUUUUGGUGUAUCAAGUUCCCUGACUGAAAAUAAUGAGGUCCGAAAAACUUUUGUGGGCACGCCCUGUUGGAUGGCACCUGAGGUAAUGGAACAAUCAGCUUAUGAUUUUAAAGCUGAUAUUUGGAGUUUUGGUAUCACCGCUUUAGAACUUGCUACUGGUCAUGCCCCAUUUGCCAAAUUUCCCCCAAUGAAGGUCUUGAUGAUGACUCUGAACCAAUCCCCUCCAACUUUAGAUAGAGAUCACACAAAAUAUAAAUAUACACGUGCUUUAAAAGAAAUGAUUGAUUUAUGUCUUCAUAAAGACCCUAAUAAGAGACCAACGGCUGAAAAACUCUUAUUUCAUCCAUUCUUCAAACAAGCGAAAAGAAAAGAUUACCUCAUUAAAACAGUACUAGCUUGUGUUCCUCCCUUAGAUCAACGACCCCACCGAAAAAUAGGAUUUAAGCAUGUCACAAUUGAGCACACAGAUCAGUGGGAUUUCGACACCGCCACAACAGAUGACGAGACUACUAAACCAGUUCAAAAACAGCAACACAUAUCAUUUGGUAAUCUUGGCAAAGGAACUGACCUUCCCUCCCCAGCCCCGUCUGAGUCCGAUCAUACAAGGACUCGGAAAUCUCGCUUUGUUAUCGAAGAUGGCUCAACCAUUAGCCUCGAUAAAGAAGAUAUUACCGUUUCAUCUCGACGUUCAUUAUCGCCCAGUCGGCUAUCUUCUAUCAGUAGAGAGACUAUCCCACAACCACAGUCUACUUCUGUAUUUCCAACCGAUCCCGUAGCAUCAGACAGCCAAGCAUGGCAAAGUGCAAUGGGGCUAGGUCUAGGUAUAUCCUCGACAUCCUCAGCCAUAUCUGCUUCUCUGCAACAAUUGCCACUGGAGAACGUACAAGUAAGAAAAGGAAGAUUCAGUGUAAACCAUCAAUCUGCGCCAGCAUCUAUCCGGACUGCCGAUUCAAAAUCGGAACCAACACCGAUAUUACUACCUGAAUUACCAGCUUCUGAUAUACGCUCUAUGCCAAUGUCUCGAGGCAUCAGUAGCGAUAGUAUGAAAGGAGAACGUAAAUCGAGGUUUGAAGUACAACAUUUACCAUCCUCUACAGUGAUGGAUGAUAGUCAAAGAAGUGACGCAACACCAAUGACGCGAGAACCAUCUUUCCAGCAUCAACGUACUCUCUCUCGUGAGUCCGUGAGUUCUGGAAAAAUUAGUCGAUUCUCGAUUGAAAAGGAAGAUGCCAAUGGCCAAACGCAAGAGUUGAUACAUCCGUUUGAAUCAACUAGCAAUGUGAUUGCUGGAUCACCUGAAUACCGUAAAAAGGGAAGGUUUGAAUUGACUGGUGGCAUGACAACUGCAGAAAAGUUGGAAUCACCUCAAACUACUCUCAAUAGUACCUCAAAUCAGGCAUCCAUUGCAAGAAGCAUGGCCACAAAACCUGCACCCGUGUCGGACAAUCAGCAAGUCUCUUCUGUGUACGGACAGAUGGAGGCGCUAUUGAAACAAACAGAGGCCCAGAAAACUAUGCUUCAUGAUUUACUAUUUGGUUUAAAUACACUAUCAAAUGGUGGCAUGCCUCAGAAUAUACCAAACUCUAGAACAAGAUCAUCCUCGUUUGAUAUCAGGAAAAUGUCCGUGACAUCGUCAUCUGCUGCUAGUGAGCACUUGAGUACGUCACAUCACAUGUAUCCUAUGGAAAAGUAAUGUUUUAAACAAUUUAAAAAAAAAAAAAAAGUAUAUCACUCUAAAUUUGUAUUAGUAGAUCUUCGACUCAAACCGAAAUUGCAUCUACAUUAGAGCAUCUUCAGCAAUUGUUAUU